AUGGCAUGUCUUGAUAAGAACGCGCAAGAGUCCACAUUCGUACCUGAGUAUCACCGACUGUUCCAUUUUCUAAGACUGAUAAUGAGCAAUCCAGAGGAAUAUACCAUUGGAUGGAUCUCCGCCAUCACCACCGAGUACGUUGCUGCUCAAGCACUGCUCGACGAAAGGCACGAUGCCCCCACCCAUUUAUCACCCCAAAACAGAAACGACUACACCCUGGGUAGAAUAGGGAAGCAUAAUGUGGCCAUUGCAACUUUACCGAUGGGAGAGUAUGGUACAAUCUCAGCAGCCCUGGUUGCCGACAGUAUGAUGCAAAGCUUCCCCAAUAUUCGCAUUGUCCUAAUGGUCGGCAUCGGGGGCGGCGUCCCAAGCCGAAAACACGAUAUUCGGCUUGGGGACGUUGUGGUCAGCGUCCCUAGCGACGGCAGAGGUGGUGUUGUUCAGUACGACUUCGGCAAGGCAAUUCAGGGUCAGAAAUUCAAACCCACAGGGUUCCUUGGUCAACCUCCCACGGUUCUCCGUACUGCGCUCAACGGACUUAAAGCUUACUACGAAGCCGAAGGACAUCAAAUUAAAGAUACAAUCAACGCUAUUCUUGAGAAGAAACCCCGCCUACGGAAGAACUAUCGAGAACCAGAUCUAGCCAGCGAUCGCUUAUAUCAAAGCCACAUCCUUCACCCAGUCGACGGGGACCUGCCCUGCGAUUCAAAUUGCAGUAAUGACCUCUUAGUCUCUCGGCCUCCGCGAACAGAAGAGGAUGAUAAUCCCGAAAUUCAUUAUGGCCUCAUCGCAUCAGCAAAUCGUCUGAUGAAGGAUGCGUUGGUUCGCGACCAGCUAGCUGCGCAAAUGGAUGUUCUCUGUUUUGAGAUGGAAGCAGCUGGAUUGAUGAACAACUUCCCUUGUCUUGUCAUCCGUGGCAUUUGCGAUUAUUCUGAUUCGCAUAAAAACAAAGUCUGGCAAGGGUAUGCGGCCAUGACAGCCGCAGCGUAUGCCAAAGAUCUUUUGAAUCGAAUUGCCCCGUGGCAUGUGGAGCAGGAGGCUAAGAUUGUCAACAUCAUCAAAGAGGGGGAUCACCACACAAAUGUUCAAUUUUCAGGGGCAAAUCAUGGACUUCAGGUUGGCCUGAAUUAUGGCGAGGUUAACUCUCGCUUCGGACAAUCGAAUUAG